AGUUGUUUUGAACGUAGGAACUGUAAUCGGUGUCUGACGUAUGAUGCACGCCCCCCAUUCCAACGCUUCCUGACAAAGAUGGCGGCGACCUUGUGCGGCAGGCUUUUACCAAAACAGGGAUGGCUUCCCCUGACACAGAGUGUCCGGCAUGGCUCUAAGGCAGUCACGCGUCACAGGAAGCCCAUGCACAUCCUCAAACAGAAGCUGAUGGCUAUCACAGAAUACAUUCCACCCAAACCUGCAGCUCCCCCCGGGGCUCUGACCCCCCGUGUCAAACCAGUUCAGGAGGAAAGUGGCCUGGUGUUGCUCUUGAAGAAGGAUUUGCAGACCAUGUUCCAGGACUGUAAGAUGAUCGCUGUGAUCCAAAACAACGCCACCAAUUCAGAGGACAUGCUGCGUCUCAAGCACAGGCUCCACAAGCAUGGCAUCAAAAUCAAGUUUAUCCCCAACCAGGUGAUGAGGUCCUACCUGGCAGACAGCCCUUACAUUAACAUGGGGCCUCUAUUCAUCGGCCAGACAGUUCUAUUUGUUAGUAAAGAGCCAAAGGUGAAGGAAAUGCUUUUGAGUUUGAGGACCAGCCCCCAGAUGGUAUUAUUGGGGGCCUGUAUAGAGAAGAUAUUGCUGAGUCGGCAGGGGGUGUUGAACUAUGCCAAGCUGCCGUCAGUGACCUUGGUCCAGGGAGAGCUGGUGAGUGGCCUGACCAUGCUGACCUCGCAGACAGCCUCAAUGUUGCAGCGCCACCCCGCCCACCUCUCAUUGAUACUCCAGCAGUACCUAAAACAGCAGGCUCCUGCAGGCAGUACCAACGGGACCCCAGGGGAGAGCCCACCCAAGGCAGAGGAGACUGCUUAGGUCUAGACGAUUCACUCCCGCGGGGGAGGGGAAGGAUGUCUGCAGCACUAUGGCUACUGGGAGGUCAUGUCUGCAGAUUUAAGGUCUGCCUCUGACCUGGAGGUCAUACAAUGUACAGUACAACAUGAACCGCUACAACACCUCUUGAGAGCAACUCUUGGAGAAAACAUGUUUUUGUUCCUUUUGUUCAUUAUUUUGAUUACUACUCAUGUUCUGUUCUAAGGCCUCUUUGACCAUAUCAAAAAUAAAUGAUGUUUAAAAUAUUG